CCUUAUAGUGUGACUCUAGCGUAACGUAACUUAGGGAUGAUCUGUCAACAUGACAAUAAUUAUUGAUGUUACUUUUUUUCUUCUUUUUUAAAUUUUCUUUCCUUUCUUUUUUUGCGGAAGGUCAAGGGAACUCUGGACCGGGAUCGAGUGAUCCUGAUGUACAUGAACCGAACGGAUCGUUGCCGAGGGAUUUCGGAGGGAUCGACGACAGAAGCCAAGCAGGCGGCCAACACGGCGUGCGAGCAGGCGUUUCUAGCUCUUGACCGGCUUGGCCUCAACGUUUGCACCAAUUGGUCCCGCCCCGAGUGUCGUGCUUUCCCCAAUCAACCCCAAAGCAUCUGCUCAGUCAUUACCUCUCCCUGUCCACUUUAUGUUACAGACGUCAUCAGACAAACCAGAACCUUCGCCGAUUGCGCCCCAAGCCUAAUGACGGAGGAGAUGCUAACGGGAGCACCACCUCGACCGUCGAAGCAAUUUUCACGAAAUUGGCAGAAAACUUACAGGGAUGCUCUCGGUGUGAGGCGUGCCAAGAAAGACGCACAACGCGCAGCUGCCGCCGCUGAACAGGCUCUUGCUGAUGAACAGUCUCUCGCUGCUGCGAUGGCUCUUGUUAUUGAACAGGCUCACGCUGAGGAACAGGCUAGACUCUUGGCCUCCACUCGCUACUCGCCCUCGAGAGAUUCUUCAGGUCCAGGAAUAGCUUCGGGUCCUGGAAGUUCCUCGUCUAGGAAAGGCAAGGAAAAGGUUACGGGCGGAUCUAGCGCUCGGGGUGGCCGAGCAACCCCAACAACCCCACGCGCGAGAGGUGUAAGUAUUCCAGGCACCCAGGGUGAUCACGGACCUUCAGGCGGUUGGGGACCUUAUGGUACUCAGGGAACUCCCGGCCGCCCAGUUCGUCAAUCGCGUCGGGGGAAUCUGAGUAACAGUAGAAAAGCAGGUAAACCUCAUGUUUGUGAUACCUGUGGACUCACGUACUCAAACCAUAGGACCUUGACAUCACACCUAAAAUCUCACGAAAAAGAUCUACAUUGCUACGUUUGUGAUAAGAAUUAUAACACCGUGUCAAGCUACAAGGAGCACAUGAGGAGGUACCACGAAGCUGAGAUGGAAAUUCGCGGUGCCGAAAUCAAACCUCACGAGUGCGAUGUGUGUCAUAAACGUUACUCCAGAACGCAGGCCCUGAACGAGCAUAAGGCCUCUCACACGGACGCGACCACCUGCCCUGUAUGUCAGAAAAAGUAUGGGAAGAAAUCCAGCCUCAAUGAGCACAUAAAGAAGAAACAUCCAAGCCUCGAUAUGGCUGGUGAUGACGAUGAUUGAAUCAAUACGCAGACUUUUCUUUAGCUGUGAUUUUAAUCAUAAUGUGAUUCCCUCCUCGUUUGAGAAUUGCAUUUACAUAGUAAUGCUAGAGUCCCUUUAUACUGAGAGUCAAGACAAUGUGAAUCCAUUUCUGAUUUGUUCCCGUAUUUUAGGCCUUCACAGUAUCACAAACGGGAAUAA